AGGAAGGAAGCGCAACGCAAGGCGCGCUCCCCCCCUCCGCCAACGCCCAUUGGCUGAAAGCGGGCAGCCUCGCCCUCAUUGGGCGGAGGAGGCGCGCCGGCCCCGCCCCCGCCCGUCUUCAAGGAGACUCGGAGGCCGUCUCUUAAAUGCCGCUGAGCCUCCAGGUGGUCCCGACCGCCUCGGCCGCUCAUUGGGUGACAUGGAGCGCCGGCGCGUUCCGAUUGGGCCAGCUGGUUCUCCGCCUCAACCUUAUUGGCUAAGCCAGAACGGAGCUUAGGGUGUCGUCCCGCCCUUGCCGCGCCUGUCAUCGGCGCCGCCGGCUCCGCCCUCUGCACUGACAUUUCCUCGUGUAUGGGGGCCGGCGGAUGGGAGGGGCCGGCCCCGACUCAGCCAUUGGCUGCCCUUGGCCCCGCCCACCGCUAGUGCAGGCGCCGCCCACCCGAGGGGACAAUCCCUCCGCGGCGCGGGGCUCGUUGUUAUGACGACACGGCCGUAAAGCCGCCAUCUUGGGGGUUGCGGCGCCUUGCGACAUGGAGGCCGCGAUGGCAACGAGCGCUGGGCCGGCGGGGCUUACGGCAGCUGAGCCACGGGGAGUGGAGCGCGCGGCGGGGGCGGCCUGCAGCCCGGGGCCGCCGCCCGCUGCCGCCUUCCUCAGCCUCCCGGCGCCUUUCGAGGAGGAAGAUGAAGACGACCGGCACAAGUGUGGCCGCUGCCAGUCCGAGUUCACCUCUUUGGAGGAAUUCGUCCAGCACAAGUUGCAGAAGCUUUGCCAGAGGUCCCAAGAGACGACUGCAGCAGCAGCAGCAGCAGCCCCGGUGGCCUCGUCAGCAGAAGAGCCCAUAACUGUGGCUCACAUAGUUGUGGAAGCUUCUCCCAUUACAGAAGAGAUCAGCAGCGCAUCUGCAAUCCUAGGCAGCGGGCACAUCAAGGAAGUGAUUGUCGUUGGUGACCACGUCUUUGAAAACCCCAACGGCCACAUUGAUGGCGACGUUGCUGAAGAGGAGCAGGAGAGCCCUGAAGACGUAGAAGGGGCUUCUGUGGAACUCGUCAAAGUUAAACUGCUGGUUAACCAAGAAGGACGAUAUGUGUGCGAACUCUGCCACAAAACAUUUAAAACGGCCAGCAUUCUCAAAGCCCACAUGAUCACUCACAGCAGCAGAAAAGACUACGAAUGCAAGCUGUGUGGGACGUCCUUCAGGACAAAGGGGUCACUCAUCCGCCAUCAUCGCCGCCAUACAGAUGAGCGGCCAUACAAGUGCAAGAAGUGCGGGAAAAGCUUCCGUGAGUCGGGGGCCUUGACUCGGCACCUGAAAUCUCUGACUCCCUGCACAGAGAAAAUCCGCUUCAACGUGAACAAAGAAAUUGUCGUCAGCAAAGCGGACGUAGCCCCAGUUCCUGGCAGCUUCAACACUCUCAGGGUUGUUUCUUCUCGGCCGCAGCUCAGUCCCUUGAUCUCCCUUUACCUGUUAUCCUGGGCUUCUCAUGGAUCAAUCGCCAAAGGGAACGUCCUUCACGAAGUCCACGUCCAGAUGCAGGAGAUCUCCACCACAGAGGCCAAAUUGGUGGACCAAGAGUCUUCCAGUCCAGAGGAGCUGUCCCCUGAGGGAGAGGACCAUGAGAACUUGCUGCGAGAAGCCAUGAGGGAUUCUGGGAUUGUAAUAGGGCGCGUGUCCAUGGAGGAGGUGACCAAAUGCGAUGGUGGCGCAGGUGGAGCUACUGCACCCCUGGAGUCAGACUGCAAAGAGGUGGACGUCCCGGAGAAGCAGUGUGAGGAAGAGUAUGAAGAGCAGGUAGAGGGGCCAGACACCAAGACGACAGACGGAAGCGAGCAGCACGCGUGCCCCUACUGCAGCGAAGUCUUUCCGGAGCCCAGGGCCCUUGACGUGCAUGUCAGCGGACACCUAGACUGCAAACCCUUCAAGUGUGAGGAGUGUGGCAAGGAGUUCACAAAGGGCUACCUGUUGAAGAAGCACCAGGAGGUGCACGUCAACGAGCGGCGGUUCUGCUGCGGGGAGUGCGGCAAGCUGUACAAGACCAUCGCCCACGUCAAGGGGCACCGGCGGGUCCACUCCGAGGAGCGGCCCUACCCUUGCCCCAAGUGUGGCAAGAGGUACAAGACCAAGAACGCUCAGCAGGUCCACUUCCGGACACAUCUGGACGAUAAGCCGUACGUCUGCCACUUCUGCGACCAGGGCUUUCGGGAAAAGGGCUCCUUGGUGCGCCACCUGCGCCACCACACGGGCGAGAAGCCCUUCAAGUGCUACAAAUGUGGCCGGGGCUUUGCGGAGCACGGCACCCUCAACAGGCACCUGAGGACCAAAGGAGGCUGUCUGCUCACUCUGAAGGAGGCCGAAGUGGCUGUGGUGUCGGAUGAGGGCCAGUCGGCAGACAACUUGGCCGCUACCGUCAUAGCUGAAGAGGCCCCAACGGUCUUGGUGGAAUUUUCAUCCGUUGUGGCAGACACACAAGAGUACAUCAUCGAGACAGCUACUGAGGACAUGGAAACCAGCGAAGCCACAGAGAUCAUAGAAGGGACGAGGCAUCAGGUGGACAGCCGCAUCAUGAAAGUCGUGCAGCAGAUUGUGAGCCAAGCCGGUUCUGGCCACCAGAUAAUUGUGCAGAAUGUCACGGUGGCGGAGAGCUCCGCUCUGACGGCCGACAGCACCGAUACGAUUGCCAUCGCCACCCCCGAGAGCCUGACGGAGCAGGUGGCCAUGACCUUGGCUUCUGCCAUGGGGGAGGGGACGGUGCUGGCGACGGAGGGCAGCGGCGAGGCAGAGGCGGCCACCCUGAGCGAGAACAUCGAGAUUGUGGAACACCCAGGCGAGUUCGUGAUCGCCUCCCAGGAGGGGGAGCUGGAGGUGCAGACGGUGAUAGUCUAGGGCUCCGUGGUCCGUGCUCAGUCCCUGGGGGCUGUUCCCACAUAUCAUUGCAACAGGUACAUGGGACAGUGCCAAGGCUCAGAACUGGCCGCCCCUCCUUGACACCUGUACACCAGGUGUCACCAGAAACGACAGGCCCCUCACUGCCCUCUGGGGAGGGGGCGUUUGGACAGUUGAGCUCUGCUCCCGGGCCACGGUAGGUUGCAAAGAAGGCUAGAAGAAAGCACUUUAUUCUUGGUCGUGGGCAAAAGGAGAAGCCACACUGUGUGUGGGCCAUUUGCCUGCUUUCCUUUACGCUGCUUCAGGCAUGGAACGCAAGCGCCUCGUGACGGACACGAACCUUCGAGAUGGGCUCAAAAGGCUUCACCGCAAAAUGCCACAGGUUAUUCGGAAGAAUACCUCCCAAGUGCUAUGUAAAAGUCACACUGUACAUUUCUUUUGUAACCACAUAGCUUUUAAUUGUACAUUGUACAGUUAGCUUGUAAAUAAAUUUAUUUCUAAAAUA